UCCGGCCGGUGCAGCCAUUUUGACUUCCUGACCUUGGGCUGGGGGUGGCUGCUGUUCGUGGUCUCUCGGUGCAGUUAUGUCCGUCCUGACGCCUCUGCUGCUGCGGGGCCUGACCGGCUCUGCCCGGCGGCUCCCGAUGCCCUGCGCCCGGGUCCAUUCGAAGCCGCCGCGGGAGCAGCUUGGGACCAUGGAUAUCGCCAUUGGGCUCACCUCCUGCUUCGUGUGUUUCCUCCUGCCAUCGGGCUGGGUCCUGUCACACCUGGAGAACUACAAGAAGCGGGAGUGAAGGGAACUGUCCUCUCCUUCGCUGUGACUGACCAGCCCCGCCAGCCUAUCCUGACCAUGUCUCCUGCAUUCCUGGCCGGCUUCCCCUGGAUCAUGUUGUUCAAUUCCAGUUAACCUUUUCUGCAAUCAUGACCUCUUGAUAUCUCCAUGUGACAUCCUGGGACCACAUAUCUUGGCCCUGCUCAUUGGGCUCCCCCUUGUAACAAUAAAGUCUAUUUAAACCUUA